AUGCCGACUUCGGGCUCAGCGUCGAGUGGUCAAGGGCAAGGGCAAGGGCAAGGGCAAGAUCAAGGUCAAAAUCCCAUCCCAAGCCUGACCACCAAAUACAGCGGCGUCCCAGCUCGCCUGCAACAAGAAGCCGUCGACGCCAAGGCGAGGCUGUACUCGCAGAAGACGGUGCCUGACAGCGUGCCGCGGAAGAAGAAGGCUCUGCCGCCGGGCGUGUCUGAGGCCGGAUUCGAUCGGGCGAUUGCCGAACUGAAAGAUGCUCUGGGCCACGAGAAUGUCGAGGUCAACGGCACGGACAGGCCGCUGGUUGAUGGCUGGUACAUGGAACACCCAAACACCCAUGACGCAUACCACAUUGCCGAGCAAGAAGAGCUGGUCUGCAGCGCGGUGGUGUACCCGGGCAACACGCGCGAAGUGCAGACGAUUGUGGGCUGGGCCAACAAGCACCAGGUGCCCAUCUAUCCCAUCUCCAUGGGGCGCAAUAUCGGCUACGGCGGGGCGGCGCCGCGCGUGCCCGGCUCGGUGGUGGUGGACCUGGGCCGGCGCAUGAACCGCAUCGUCAACAUCGACGGCGACAACGCGUCGUGUGUGGUCGAGCCUGGAGUGUCGUACUUUGCCCUGUACGAGGAGAUCCAGCGACGAGGCUUGCCGCUCUGGAUCGACUGUCCGGAUCUCGGCGGCGGGAGUGUGCUGGGCAACGCCAUCGAUCGCGGCGUCGGCUACACGCCGUACGGCGACCAUUUCGCCAACCACUGCGGCAUGGAGUUGGUGCUGCCGUCGGGGGAAGUGCUGAGGACGGGGAUGGGAGCGAUGCCGGGGCCUCAACCAGAGCCACAGCCAGAGCCACAGCCACAGAACUCCUCCGGCGCAACAGACAGCCAGGCCAGAGACGGCGCGGCCGACGUCCCCAACCCGACGUGGCAGUCGUUUCAGGCGGCAUACGGCCCGUACAUCGACGGCAUCUUCAGCCAGAGCAACUACGGCAUCGUGACGCAGAUGGGGUUCUGGCUGAUGCCGGCGACGGGCCACCAGUCGUACAUGAUCACCUUUGCGCGCGAAGACGACCUGGCGCGCAUCGUCGACAUCAUCCGGCCGCUGGCCCAGAAACGCAUCCUCGGCAACAUCCCGCAGCUGCGCCAUGUCAUCCAGGAACUGGCGGUGACGGGGAAGCCGCGGUCAUUCUGGCAGUACCAGAAACCAAUGCCUCGCGACGUGAUCCGCGCCAGGGCGUCGACGCUCUUCCCACCAGGCGGAGGCGACGUGUCGUGGGUGUUUUACGGCACGCAGUACGGCGACACGGCGGCCAGCAUCGCCGGGCAGCUGGCGACGGUGCGCGCGGCGUUCGCCCAGAUCCCAGACAGCCGAUUCCUGCUGCCGACGGACGUGGCGGCAGACCACUACCUGCACUCGCGGGUGGCGGUGUGCAGCGGCCAGCCGGGGCUGCGCGAGCUGGACUGGCUGAACUGGGUGCCGAACGCGGCGCACCUGUUCUUCUCGCCCAUUGUGCCGACGGCGGGCGGAGGGGGAAGGACGACCGCCAGCGCAAUCCACAACCUCGUGGCGCAGCUGCACGCCCAACACGGCUUCGACCUGUUCCCGACCAUGUGCGUGGCGGCCCGUGAGAUGCACUACAUCGCCAACAUCGUCUACGACCGGGCCGACCGCGACGCCAAGCGCCGCGCCAUCGCCCUGAUGCGCGACCUGAUCCGCCACGCGGCCGCCCGCGGCUUCGGCGAGUAUCGCACCCAUCUGCUGUUCGCCGACCAGGUCGCCCAGUCGUACAGCUGGAACGGCGGGGCGUUGCGCCGGUUCAACGAGUCUAUCAAGGACGCCCUCGAUCCUAAUUCCAUCCUGGCGCCGGGCCGCAAUGGGAUCUGGGGCCGUCGGUUUAGAGGUCAGGGCUGGGAGAUCUUGGAUGGCGAUGGACGGGAUUUGUUGAUUGAUGGGGUGGUACCGAAACUGUGA